UAUACCCGAAACCAUUACCACCGCGAGAUAAUCAAUCGCCUACCAAUGAAAAUGGAUUUACGGCAACCGAAAUUGCAUCGUUACGAAAUGGUUGGCGUCUUAUUAAGCGACGUUUUAAUUAUCAUUCUAAACAAAUAUUCAUGGAAUUUUUCGAGGAGCAUGAACAAUUGUUGGAGAAAUUUCGCAAUAGAAUGGGUAAAUUUAAUAUGCAACGUCUGCAUCAACAUCCCCAGGAGCUGUUGCAAGUCUAUGGUAAUCUUAUAGAACAUGGUUUGGAUAAUGCCAUAUAUCUUAAUGUCCUUUUGAGCGAUGUUAGCCAAAGGCAUCGUAUGUUUGGUGUGUCGUAUGGUGAUAUUAAGCUUCAUACGGAUCACAUUAACUUGUACAUAUUGGAAUUUUUGGAGAAAAUAAUUUCAUCGUCAUUUGUUUUGGGUCUGCAGAAAUUAAGCGAUUUAAUAAAUGCAUAUCAUCGCGACGAUACGUAUGACGAUCAGUCUAAAAAGAGCUCAACUGAUGCAAUAUACUAA